GAUCGAUGUUUGCUGGCAUCGCCUCACCCUGCCUGUGAGUGAAUGUUACACUACAUCCAAACACACUCUCUCUCGCUCUCUCUCUGUCUACAAUACUCUGUCCAUUAUAUAUCACACACCGAGACUGGCAUCUGACAGCAAAAGAUCCAGCUUUCGCAAAAACAAUCCGCCAUCAAUGUGGUAGGAGACACAUAAUAAAACGCCUCUCCGGUCUAUGAUCUCCUUUUAACAUUGUGUUCUUUGAUUAAAACAAGAGAUCAAGUGGUAAGAUCAAAGAAGGACUCUUUCUUACUGUAUGGACUAUCUUGCACGGCAUACGCAUUUUUUUACCUGGGCAAAUAAGUCAGUUUGAACAGCGCAGAGAUGCCAAGAAGGAAGCAGCAGGCACCGAGACGGGCUGUGGUGUACAUGCCUGACGAUGACCUAAAUGUUGGGGAAUCGGCUGAAGGAGAUGAAGAGGAGAAUGAUGGCUCACCAGAAGAGGAGUGCCAUGAAAGCAACAAAGCCAGUUCUGAGGACCAGGGCGACAAGGAAACAGAUAAUAAAAGCAGCUACAGCUACUUGAACUCUCCAGCCAGUGCUCUGUCCAAUCAGGAAGCAGAGUUAGAAUCGCGCCUCAGUGACAACAGCGACAGACUGGUCGACUUCAAAAGUACCUCUUCCUCUGAAGACCACAAUAAGAAGGAUGAAAAUGGUAACUCUAAACUGAAGGACAAUAUGCAAAACAGUCUGGAAAAAAUGAGAGCCGCCUACGCCAACUUCCUGUCAGACUCUUAUUGGACAGGUCUCGGGUUAGAUCUUAAAGCGACCAAUAACCUGGGCAGUGCCAGCUGCGACAGCACCAAUGGAAGCAGCAAGAGUGAGUUUGAUUGGCACCAAGACGCCCUAUCAAAAACCCUGCAACAGACUCUGUCUCCCAAACCUGUUUCUAAACCAAACCUUUUUAGUUCCGUCCACUUGUAUAGACAAAACAGCAAACCCUGUGGGACCGUGUUUACAGGGGCUAGCCGCUUCAGGUGCAAGGAAUGCAGCGCAGCGUAUGACACCUUGGUGGAGCUUACAGUGCACAUGAAUAAGAGCGGACAUUACCAAGACAACAACCAUGACAGACAUAAGAAUGCCUCAACGUCCUACUCAAAGACGAGGAAACGAAACUUACAGGACAUGGAAGGAAAGGAGGAUGCCAUGAAGGUCCUCAAGUGCAUGUUCUGUGGUCAUUCCUUUGAGUCCCUUCAAGAUUUAAGUGUUCACAUGAUUAAAACUAAACAUUACCAGAAAGUGCCUUUGAAAGAACCCAUUCCGGUUCUCGCAUCAAAAAUAGUCCCCCCAGCCAAGAAGCGUGCUUAUGAAGCCAACAGGCCUUGCUCUCCGGAUUCCACAACAGGGAUUUCAGGGUAUACCGAUUCACAGAAAACAUCUGGCUUCAACGCCUUGCAUAACAACCGCUAUGGUUACCAGAAUGGAGCGAGCUACACCUGGCAGUUUGAGACCUGCAAGUCUCAGAUCCUGAAGUGUAUGGAGUGUGGAAGUUCUCACGACACUCUUCAGCAGCUUACGACUCAUAUGAUGGUGACGGGACACUUUAUUAAGGUUACAAGUUCAGCGUCAAAGAAGGGGAAACAGUUAGCUCUUGACCCUUUAGCUAUAGAAAAGAUGCAAUCUUUAGCUGAGCCGCCCACCAGUGAAACUCAGCCACUUUUGAAUGUGAGCCAAGAAUCUCCAAAUAUCGCAGCAUUGGCUGAACCAGACAUAAAGAAAGAAAUAGCAGAUAAGCCAGGCGGAAAUGUAUUAGAAGAGAUGGACUCGAAAAAUAGUAAGCACGAAGAUGAUGUUGAAAAACCAGGAGAUGCUACUUUUAAGUAUCCUUACCUGCGUGAGGAAGACCUAGAGCAUGGCUCAGGAGGAGGAGGUGAUAUCUUAAAGUCUUUGGCCAACACAGUAGCAUCAGCUAUCAAUAAGGCUCAAACUGGGACACCCAGCUGGAGCGCAUACCCCAGCAUUCAUGCUGCAUAUCAGCUCUCGGGGGUGAUCAGAAACUCCACACACUCAGCUUCUCAACCUCUUCAAGUGAAGCAGAACUUCAACAGGUUGAGGGCAAUUGCCCCAAAGGGGAAGUUUUUUCAGACAACCAAGGGAAAUGAUUCUCAUUCUGCUCCAUCGAACAAUGCACACAUCAAAAAGGAACAGAAUAAUGCGACUGAGGGAAAGGACACUCAAAAUACUGCGCUAGGUGGGACUGAAGACAACGACAUCCAGCAGGAUUCUCCUGUUGCUUCAAAAACAGAACCAUCUUAUGGGAGAGAAAGCAGUGAAAUUAAAGACAGCUUCAAACCCGACCUCUUGGAGAAUGACAAGAAAACGUCAACCCCUCUUGCCAGUAAUGGCUGCAUUAAUCCCUGUGCUCUCAUAAAUGACUCCUCAGAGGUUCUUAGUGUCAACCCUCUAAGUGCUCUGCAGUCGGUUUUGAACAAUCACUUAGGGAAAGUCAACAAGCCCUCCAGUGCCAGAUCAGAAUCUACAACAGCCAUGCUUUCCAAACUGAACAGGAACUUGAUGGAGAAACCAGCCUUGGCACCUGUCCCGCCUAGAUCCACCCGUCUCACCAACUGCUUUCUGUAUGAAAACAAUGACCAACCGAUUGAUCUGACUAAAUCGAAAAGCAACAAAGCAAUGGCAUCCUCUUGUGCACAGUCAUGCACUCCAGUGCAGAAAAAGCAUGCUCUGUCUGACAUUGCUGAUAUGGUCAAGGUUCUUCCAAAAGCCACAACACCAAAACCAUCAUUGCCUUCAAGGAUGCCUUCAGUGAAGCUUGAAACGGACGUCAGACGCUUCGAGGAUGUCUCGGCAGAUCUCUAUUCCGUCCACAAGAGAAAGGGUAGGCAGUCGAACUGGAAUCCGCAGCACCUUCUUAUCCUGCAGGCCCAGUUUGUUUCAAGUCUCUUUCAGACCUCCGAAGGCAAGUACUUGCUGUCAGACCUAGGCCCUCAGGAACGGAUGCAUAUUUCCAAAUUUACUGGACUGUCCAUGACCACCAUUAGUCACUGGUUGGCUAAUGUCAAAUAUCAGUUGAGGAAAACAGGAGGGACCAAAUUCUUGAAGAAUAUGGACACUGGCCAUCCCAUCUUCUACUGUAAUGACUGUGCGUCUCAGUUUAGGUCCACCUCAGCAUUUAUCAGCCACUUGGAGUCCCACCUGGGCUUUGAGUUGAAGGACAUGGACAAUCUGCCCGUAGAGCAGCAGACAAAAGUGGGACCAGAACUGUCCAAGGCCAUAGGAGUUAGGCCAACUGAAGCCACAGUUGUGGAAGAGGAGAUGGACACUAAGUUUAAAUGCAAACUGUGCAGUCGGACAUUUGCCAGCAACCAUGCAGUAAAACUUCAUUUAAGUAAAACGCACAGUAAAUCACCAGAAAACCAUUCACAGUUUGUUGAUGUGGAUAAGGAAUAGCGUUGUCAGUAAGUAGAAGAUCCUAUUGUAAACAUUUCUACUACCUGUUGUUUAUAUAUAUAUAU